AUGGCAGAAUCCGUAACAGAACUUCCUAUAAACAUAGAAGAAAGUGUCAGGGAAGCAGUACAAAAUGUUACCGAAAAGCCUCCAUCAAGUAUUGAAGGAGUUGCUAUUGCCUACUUAAGUCUAGUUAUAAUGGCUAUAUUGCCAAUAUUUUUUGGAUCUUUUCGGUCUGUGAAAUAUUUAACUGAUAAAAAGAAUUCAGGCGAGAAGGCUGAGACUAUGUCAAAAAAGGAUGCAUUAAUCUUCCCAUUGAUAGCAUCAUGUGCUCUGUUUGCUCUGUAUAUAUUCUUCCAGUUUUUCUCAAAGGAAUAUAUUAAUCUACUCCUCACUGGGUAUUUCUUCUUCCUGGGUGUUCUUGCACUGAGCCAUUUAUUGAGCCCUAUUAUAUCACUUAUUGUCCCAGCAUCGGUCCCCAACACACCAUACCACAUUCUCUUCACCCGCGGUGAACAGGAGGGACACUCGGACAUUGUGAACUACAAAUUCACUUCAUACGAUGUGAUCUGUCUUGUUAUUUCUUUGAUUCUUGGAGCCUGGUAUCUGCUUAAGAAGCACUGGAUCGCCAACAACUUAUUUGGCAUAGCAUUUGCCGUGAAUGCCGUGGAAAUGUUGCAUCUGAACAAUGUAGUGACGGGGUGCAUCUUACUGUGCGGACUCUUCCUUUAUGAUAUCUUCUGGGUGUUUGGCACCAAUGUCAUGGUGACUGUUGCUAAGUCAUUUGAGUCUCCUAUCAAAUUGGUAUUCCCCCAAGAUUUAUUGGUCAAUGGAUUUAAUGCUAGCAACUUUGCUAUGUUGGGUCUCGGUGAUAUUGUAGUUCCCGGCAUCUUCAUAGCUCUGCUGCUGAGAUUCGACAAAAGUUUGAAGCGUGGUUCGGAGUUAUACUUCAGAGCUACCUUCUCCGCCUACAUAGUGGGAUUAUUGGCGACCAUAUUGGUGAUGCAUGUGUUCAAGCACGCUCAGCCUGCCUUAUUGUAUUUAGUACCCGCCUGUCUCGGCACACCAUUGACUGUUGCCUUAUUGAGAGGAGAUAUCAACGCCUUAUUCAAUUAUGAAGAUCAACCAGCGGUAGUGGAGGCUCCAAGCGACAGUAAAGCGAAGAAAUCAGAAUAA